CGAGAAAGCAAGAUAGAGUAUCGGAAAAUAAAUUUUACUCAUUCAAUUUCCGUGGUACUAAAUAGAAGAAUCUAUCGUUUAAUUUGAGCAACAAAAUUGAUGAAAGUGUGAAGAAAUUCGAGAAAACUGUCUCAAAGGAUUACAUAACUGAACACGAAAAAAUUUCAGACGGCCAAAAACACGUUUGUGAUAUUUGUCAGGAGGUAUUUAAACUGGAAUCAAACAUGAUAAAACACCAAGCCACAAUUAACAAUGAACAAAACAAUUACGCAUGUGAUAAGUGCGAUCGAAAAUUUGAAUUCCGAAGUCAUUUGAGUAGGCACCAAAUAUCAGUGCACAAAAACCGCAAAGAUUUUGCAUGUGAUCAAUGCGAGAAAAAAUUUGUGAAAAAAUCGAGUUUGCUUACACAUCAAAAGUUGGUACACAAAAGUCGUGACGAUUUCUCGUGCAACAAGUGCGAGAGAAAAUUUGAAAAUAAAGCAACUUUACUUAAGCAUAACAAAAUAUUCCAUGAGGUUUUCAAAGAUUAUUUAUGUGAAAAAUGUGCAAAGAGGUUUGGAAAUAAACAGAAUUUGCUCUUGCACAUCACGAGAGUCCACGAGAAUUCAGUAGAUUUUAAAAGUGAUAAGUAUGAGAAAAAAUUUGGGGAUCAAUGCGGUUUGACCAAACACCAAAAAACAAUCGAUGAAAUGAGCAGAGAUUUUUCAUGUGAACACCAAAAAAUAGUCCACGAAGGUCAGAAAGAUUUGGUAUGCGACAAGUGUGGAAAAAAAUUUGAAAAUGAAUCGCAUUUAGUCAUGCACAUAACAACAGUCCAUGAAAGUCGCAAGGAUUACGCAUGUGACAAGUGCGAAAAGGUAUUUGGUUACAAAUGCAAUUUGCGUUCCCAUCAAAAAGUAGUCCACGAGGGUCGGAAAAAUUUCGCAUGUGACAAGUGUGAGCUGAAAUUUAGAACAAAAGGGGAUAUGCUCAUCCACCAACAGACAAUACACGAAGGUCGGAAGGAUUACGCAUGCGACAAGUGCGAGAAGAAAUUUGGGCGCAAAUGUCAUUUUUUCCAUCACCAAAAGACGGUGCACGAAGGUAUUAAAGAUUUCGUAUGCGAAAAAUGCGAGAAAAAAUUUGCACGAAAAGCGCAGUUGUUCUUACACCAAAAAACAGUUCAUGACGGUGAAAAAGAUUACGUGUGUGACAAAUGCGGGUACAAAUUUGGAGAAAAAUCAAUAUUAAUAAGACACCAACAGAUAUUACACGAAGGUCGUAAGGAUUACGCACAAAAGGACAGUCCAUGA